CUAUUUAUCAAGAUAAGCCUCAACUGCCUCUCCUACUUUUACAUCAUCAGAGGGAACCGCAAGGAGGUGGCCAGGAUAUCUGCAGAGUUCUAUGAUUUUGGUCAAGGACACAGUGAGUACCCACAUCUCUCUACUGUAUUGGUCUAUUUUCAAAAAUAUAUACAUUUUUGGAAUAAUUAUUAUAUUAAAAUGAUUAUGCUUUUUAUAUUUGCAAAUAUUAUAAAACCAAAGAUGUUUGCCAUUGCAUUUUGCCUAAAAAGUUAACAUUUAGGAAGAGAGUUGAUCUGACUGAAAUAAAGGGUGAUUAGGCUACACCCUGCAUACUAUGAAUAAUGCAUAUACUCACUUUGUUGACCUUAACAUGCAAAGUAGCUGAAACAUGACUGUGUAUCCUGUACAUACCGGUCAGCCUCAUUUCUACCCUGAUCUAUUAAUAGAAUGGGCCCACCCCCUUGCCCUAGUUUCCAUUCCUGACUGACUGUGGUCUGUAGGCAGACUUGCAGACCAAAACAGCACUUAAGCUUCCCAGUGUCAGUGACAGACAAGUGUGCCAACAUGUUUGGCACAUGGAAAGGGAACACCAAUGCAGCAAACAGCAACACAAAGUCAAAUCUUGUCGUGCGUUAUUAAAGGUCAGUGUGUAGCUACAUGUAGUUCACACUUUUCCCAGAACAUGUUUUGUUUUUGAUUUACAGUGGCUUGGUCUUCCAUUACUACAUCAAGUAGGUUAGGCUAGUUCAAGAGGAAAUAGAAUUGACGGCUAUUGCCAAUGUAAACAUAUUGGCUCACCCUCAAUUGGACUGCAUGGAUCCUUAGUACUCUGCCUCAUGUGAAGUGAAAUAGAAUAGAAGUUUCAGCAGUGUCAUAGAUCAGUGAUAUGGAGAUAGGUAAUAAUGAUGAUGCAGUAUGGAACGCAUCUGGCGCUAUUCUGGAUAUUGACCCAGGUGUGUGUGCCCUGUGAAAUGGAAUCAUUCAUCAAAACUGUAAGACGGUGAGUUGUUGUGAGUGACAUAAGCAUUUGUGUUUGCUGCAGGGUCCUGGGCUGACCGCUCACCCUUACAUGAUGCUGCAUGCCAAGGUCGUCUCCUAGCUCUGAGGAAUCUCAUUUUACAGGUGAGCCAAAGGUAAUCCAAUUCAAUUCAGUGUGCACCCACUGCUUACCUCCUGCAAUGUACUAUGGUUGUGUUCUGCUUCUCCCACAGGGCCACAAUGUAAAUGUAGUCACUAUAGACCAUGUGAGUCCUCUCCACGAGGCCUGCCUUGGAGACCAUGUAGCAUGUGCCAGAGCUCUGAUCGCUGCAGGAGCCAAUGUGAGUCACUGGAGAAAAUACAUUAAUAAUCAAGAAUAUCUUCUUCUUUUUUUCUCUUCUUUUUUUACAUUAAACAAUAAUACUUUUUACUAAAUAAUACAUUAAGAAAUAGCUCAAUAAGGCUUUUGGAAAAUACAUCUUGUUCUCUGUAAUUUGUUAUUUUUCCUCUGCCCCGAAAUGGUGCUGCGUUAUUCAGCUGAGUGGUCAGAGUUAACAUGAGACUCUGUACAGGUGAACAUCACCACCAUUGAUGGGGUGACUCCCCUUUUCAACGCGUGCUCAGUGGGCAGUGUAUCAUGCGCAGAGGUCCUCCUGGAGAACGGGGCCAAACCCCAGGCUCUGGUAUUUCAGCCCUCUCCCAUUCACCAAGCCAGCAGUAAAGGUAUGCUCAAUAUCCUAUAGAAAUGCAUUUAUUAAUGUCUAUAUUCGUUUUUGACACAUUCAUUCUAUUACAGACACUUAAUGCAUACUUUUAAAUUAUAUUAUGUGAGCUAAACAUAUAUAUAUUUUUAUAAAAAUACAUACUUAAAUACAUGUUAUCUUGUCCUUGAAACAUAGAUUCGAGACACACAAACAUAAUUAAGUCAGAGUACCCCCUGUAUAUAGCCUCGCUAUUGUUAUUUUACUGCUGCUCUUUAAUUAUUUGUUACUUUUAUUUUGUAUUAUUUUAUGUCAUUUCUUUUGUGUUAAAUUUUUUUUUGGGGGGUAUUCUUUCUUAAAACUGCAUUGUUGGUUAAGGGCUUGUAAGUAAGCAUUUCACUGUAAGGUCUACACCGGUUGUAUUCGGCGCAUGUGACAAAUACAAUUUGAUUUGAUUUGAUAAUGCUUAGAGGAUUCAUCAUAUUCCGGGUCAGAAAUAAUUAGCUAAGACGCCCGCCGCAGUAAUUGGAAAGCUGACAGUAAUGACUUCCAUGUAUGUGCCUACGGUCGGUAGGCAGCAGUGGGUGUGUGGAGACUCUAGUCAGAUGGGGAGCCGACGUGGACUUUCACAUUCCUCACCUGGGAACGCCCCUCUACACCGCCUGUGUCUCUCAGGAGAUAGAGUGUGUCCAGAGGCUGCUGAGGGAAGGUGAGGCACGUGCACCUCUGCUCUGCCAAAGCACCAUAGCCAGGUAUGAUGAGAGGAGGAGAGCUGGUGGUAAGAUUAUUACUGUCUCCCCAAGUGGUGAAAUGUAUUGUACCUGUAUAGCACUCUUACUAUGGCCACAUCCACCACUAAUGCAGUAGUAGCUUGGUCUUGGUGGGAUAGCUCAGAGCGUCUGCUCUUUUCUACACCACUAAUAUGUUGCACCCACCUGGAUAAAAGUGUACACAAGUCUAAAUCCAUCAUGUUAUGCCAGCGAUAAAGUACAUAUUUCCUGUAACUGAACGACAUAGAACUAUUAAAUGUGUAUUAUAAACUGGGUGGUUCGAGCCCUGAAUGUUGAUUGGCUGAACGCCGUGGUAUAUCAGACCGUAUACCACAGGGGUUUGUGAUAUAUGGCCAAUAUACCACGGCUAAGGGCUGUGUCCUAGCACUCCAUGUUGCGUCAUGCAUAAGAACAGCCCUUAGCCGUGGUAUAUUGGCCAUUUACCACACCCCCUCUGGCCUUAUUGCUUAAUUAAAUCCAUACCUUGGUUCACCCCUCCACACAGGAGCAAAUGUACAGAAAGGUAGAUAUAUGGAGUCUCCCUUACAUGCUGCCGCUGAGAACGACUGCAUAGCCAUUGUUAAGCUGCUGUUGGACUUUGGGGCAGAUAUCCACGCCAGGAACAUGGAGUUCCAGAGGCCUGUGGAGGCUGCUCCCCCCAGCAGCCUGACAGAAGGGUUCCUACUGGUUUAUGAGGGUAAGUUCUAUAGGCCUAUUCACAGUCAUCCUUUGAAAUCAGUGAAUUCCUAUAGCCAAAGUAUCGUAGUGUUAUUGGUUUAUCGCCCAAGUCAAACUAGCUGUCCAUUAUAUGUUUAAAACUAAACCAUUAUUGUCUGGAAUAGAAUAGAAUACAACAUCAUAUGUUCAAGCAAUAGCAAACUAGCCGGGCUGUAGUGGAUUUGGUUGAAUAGCAUGAUAUUUUUUCCCUUCUCCUUUCCAUCUAUCUGCAGCCACGCCCCAACCAUUGAGUCAGCUGUGUCGACAGCAUAUCCGUGACCGUGUGGGCCACGACAGGUUUCACCUCAUCAACCAUCUUCCCCUGCCCAAUCCCCUCAGGAACUACCUCCAGUACAGAUGA